GCGCAGGCGCGCCCUUCCCGGCGGCCGUUGCGCUGCGCGGCGCUGCCCGGCGGCGCGAUGAUCCACGAGCUGCUGCUGGCGCUCAGCGGGUUCCCGGGCGCGGUCUUCACCUGGAGCAAGCGCGGCGGGCUGCAGGUGUCUCAGGAAUUGCCUUUCCUGCACCCCAGCGAGACCAGCGUCCUGAACCGCCUCUGCCGCCUCGGUACCGACUACAUCCGCUUCGUCGAAUUCGUGGAGCAGUACACGGGACACGUCCAGCAGCAGGACCAUCACCUAUCUCAGCAAAACCAGAGUGGAUUGCAUGGCAUUUAUUUGCGAGCAUUCUGCACAGGCCUAGAUUCAGUGCUGCAGCCGUAUCGACAGGCACUGCUUGACCUGGAACAAGAGUUUCUGGCUGACCCACAUCUUUCCAUCUCACAUGUUAAUUAUUCCUUGGACCAGUUUCAGUUACUCUUCCCAUCUGUGAUGGUUGUGGUGGAACAGAUCAAAACUCAGAAGAUUCAUGGAUGUCAGAUACUAGAAACUGUCCACAAACAUAGCUGUGGGGGGUUGCCUCCUGUUCGCAGUGCUCUUGAAAAGAUUCUGGCUGUGUGUCAUGGAGUCAUGUAUAAGCAGCUCUCUGCCUGGAUGCUGCAUGGAUUGCUACUAGACCAACAUGAAGAGUUCUUUAUCAAACAGGGCCCUUCUGAGAGUGUCUCUGGCCAACCCGAAGAUGAUGAUGAUGACCUCGGAAUUGGAGGACUUACGGGAAAACAGCUGCGAGAGCUGCAGGACCUGCGCUUGAUUGAGGAGGAGAACAUGUUGGCUCCAUCUCUAAAACAGUUCUCUCUGCGAGUGGAGAUGCUGCCAUCAUACAUUCCUGUGCGAGUUGCUGAAAAAAUCUUGUUUGUGGGAGAAUCUGUACAAAUGUUUGAGAAUCAAAAUGUUAACCUGACCAGAAAAGGCUCCAUCCUAAAAAACCAGGAGGACACUUUUGCAGCAGAACUACAUCGACUCAAGCAGCAGCCACUCUUUAGUUUGGUAGACUUUGAAUCUGUGGUUGACUGGAUACGGAGCACAGUUGCUGAGCAUCUUUGGAAACUGAUGGUGGAGGAAUCUGACUUACUUGGACAACUGAAGAUUAUAAAAGACUUUUACCUUUUGGGAAGAGGCGAGCUGUUUCAGGCCUUCAUUGACACUGCACAGCACAUGUUAAAAACACCACCUACGGCUGUAACAGAACAUGACAUCAAUGUUGCAUUUCAGCAGUCUGCUCAUAAGGUACUGUUAGAUGAUGACAACCUUCUUCCUUUGCUUCACUUGACCAUUGAGUAUCAUGGAAAGGAGCAUAAAGAUUCUUCUCAGACUCGUGAAGGGACUUCCCGAGAGUUAUCUCCACGUGAAGCUCCUGCAUCUGGCUGGGCAGCUCUGGGCCUUUCUUACAAAGUUCAGUGGCCACUGCAUAUUCUCUUUACUCCUGCUGUUUUGGAAAAGUACAAUGUUGUGUUCAAAUACCUGCUCAGCGUGCGACGGGUCCAGGCAGAGCUACAGCAUUGCUGGGCUCUCCAGAUGCAACGUAAACACCUGAAAUCUAACAGAACUGAUGCCAUCAAGUGGCGUCUGAGGGACCACAUGGCUUUUCUUGUGGACAAUCUCCAGUAUUAUCUCCAAGUGGAUGUACUGGAAUCUCAGUUCUCACAGCUUCUCCAGCAAAUAAAUGCCACACGAGAUUUUGAGAGUAUACGACUGGCUCAUGAUCAUUUCUUAAGUAAUCUGUUGGCUCAGUCUUUCAUCCUCCUAAAGCCUGUUUUCCACUGUUUAAAUGAAAUUCUGGACCUUUGUCAUAGUUUUUGUUCUCUGGUGAGUCAGAAUCUGGGACCGUUAGAUGAGCGUGGAGCUGCACAACUCAGUAUUCUGGUGAAGGGGUUCAGUCGUCAGUCGUCGCUGCUCUUCAAGAUUCUAUCUAGUGUUCGAAACCAUCAAAUAAACUCCUACUUAGCACAACUGCUACUACGUCUGGAUUAUAACAAAUACUACACACAGGCUGGAGGCACCUUGGGCAGUUUCAGAAUUGAGCACGAAGACCUUUUCUUCAGACCGUGACCAGCAACAGAGUAAGCAGUGAAGCCUGUGCAGUUGGCUCUUGCCUAGUGAAACACUGUCAGAAAGAACUGGCAGGAAGUGCUACCUACCUGCAACUGCCUAGUGAUUACAGAAAGCUUCUCCAUUUGUCCGGAACUAGUACAAACAUGUUUCCUGCAGUCUUCAUGUGCUCAUAGAAUAUGGAGGAAGUCACCUGUUGUUCUUAACCAUGAAUGAAGUUUUAGCUUUCUUCAGAAAUUUGACUUAACUGUCAUAAACCAGUUUAUCACACACCUGCUAAUCAAAUACUUAGCUCUAGGUAAAAGAAACAACUCCAAUAGCAUUUUGAAGUGGACUGGAAGGGGAUGAAGGAAUAGAAUUUAAGAAUUUUUUUUCUUUUACAGUGUGCUGUUCCACCAUGACAGUAUAGUUUUCAGUAUAGUUAAGUUUUACAGAGAAAGUAUGUGACAUUGCUAGCCCAGUCCUUAAUGUAUUUUAAUAUACUGGAAUUAUUCAUACCUGUUAAUAUUUGCACUGUUCAAAGUGCAAAUCUCCCUCUACUGACAGAAAAAGGUGUGAGAAAUAAAGCUAGGGAGUAACUUAAGACAUCAUCUGUAAAUGUACUCUGUUUCCAUUCAAGACUAUUUAGAAUGCUGCUCAUGACUAAUGUAGUGAACCAAAAUAAAUCUUUGGCAUGCACUUUUCUCCUGCA